AUGAGAACAGAUUUUGCUCCCUUUUUAGCAUGGAGCCAAGCCAAGGGCAUCAUCACUCCACUGGAACUGGUGAGCAGUGGAUCCUAUCGAAAAAUGGUCUUACCAAGUGACGAAUCCAAGCUCCUGAGUCAAUCGAAAUCGGAAGGAUUGGUCCAACUGAUACAGGCUCCGUUGGAUGCCUGUAUGGUAGGAGAAGAUUUUGAGACUUUGGUCGACAAGCUGAUUUUUGAAAAGAAGCAAGGAAGUGAUUCGGAUUAUGCGCCUUGGUUGGAUCAAUUUCCAACGGUGGAAGAUUUCUCGGGCAUGCCACGAUUUUGGACCCAAGAGCGUCGAGAUUGGGUCAAACAAUUUGAUGGGGGUCAAUUGGAAACACGAAUGGAUCGGGACAAGCUGCGGUUCGACAAGGUGGACGAUCAAUGGGCUCUUGCCUGUGUGGAUUCCCGAUCGAAUUUUCUUCCCGAUAAUACCUAUUCCAUGACGCCAGUCUUAGAUAUGCUCAACCAUGAUGCCAGAGUCAAAACAUCCGCAAGAGUGGAUGGAGCCGAUCGAUUGCUGUUGGAGGCCACAUCGGAUACCAUUUAUCUGACGGGCCAAGAUGGAAAGGAAGAAGAUUCGGGCAAUGACUGGAAGUCUCAACUCUUUGGAGGAUUCUUUGCUGGUGGUAACAAUGAGGGAAGCACACCUUCGUUUCGAGCCGGCGAAGAAGUCUUUGUUUCGUAUGGUAACUUUGACAAUCUAGAGACGCUUUGCAACUAUGGUUUUGUGGCCGAAGACAAUGUGGCCAAUAUUGAAAGCUUUCGAGUACGAGUAAUGGGGAAAGCACCAGCCUACUUGGUCAUUGAAAAGGAUGGUUCCAUUGACAAUCUGUUCAACAUGAUCAGCCUUACUGAUUUGCGAGUAAACCUCUUGGUGGAAAGCGAAAUAGAGCUGCUCAAGGAGUAUAAUGGGGACGGCAUAAUAUCAGAACGCAACGAACUGGAAACCUGGGCCGUCAUUUCUGGAGAAUUGGACGAGGCUGCCUAUGAGGCCAAGACUGGUAUCCAAGAAGCGGAGGCAAAGAACGAUACGAUGGUUGCUAGCUACUUGAGAGGAAGAUACAAUACGCUACAAAAGGGACUUGACAAGCUCAAGGUAGAUUACCCUGAUCUAUUUUAA